AUGCCGGUGCGCCGGGGCCAUGUGGCCCCCCAAAACACCUACCUGGACACCAUCAUUCGCAAAUUUGAAGGACAAAACCGCAAGUUCCUCAUUGCCAACGCCCAGAUGGAGAACUGUGCCAUCAUCUACUGCAACGACGGCUUCUGCGAGAUGUUCGGCUACUCCCGCGUGGAGGUGAUGCAGCAGCCCUGCACCUGCGACUUCCUCACGGGCCCUGACACCACCAAGAGCUCCAUUGCCCAGCUCACCCAGGCCCUGCUGGGCUCCGAGGAGUGCAAGCUCGAGAUCCUCUACUACCGCAAAGACACAUCGUGUUUCCGCUGCCUGGUGGAUGUGGUGCCUGUGAAGAACGAGGAAGGCGUCGUCAUCAUGUUCAUCCUCAACUUCGAGGAUCUGGCCCAGCUGAUCGCCAAGAGCACCGGGCGGAGCCUGCACCAGCGCCUGUCGCACAGCUGGAACAAAGAGGCUUCCCACGUCAAACCCAACCCCCCGAACUCCACAUCGGACUCGGACCUCAUGAAGUACAGGACCAUCAGCCAGAUCCCCCAGUUCACCCUCAACUUUGUGGAGUUCAACCUGGAGAAGCAUCGCUCAGGCUCCACCACAGAGAUCGAGAUAAUUGCUCCCCACAAGGUGAUGGAGCGCACCCAGAACGUCACCGAGAAGGUCACACAGGUGCUGUCCCUGGGCGCUGACGUCCUUCCCGAGUACAAGCUACAGGCGCCGCGCAUCCAUCGAUGGACCAUCCUGCACUACAGCCCCUUCAAGGCCGUGUGGGACUGGCUCAUCCUCCUGCUGGUCAUCUACACAGCCGUCUUCACCCCCUACUCAGCCGCCUUCCUGCUCAACGAGGAGCAGGUGGAGGAGAAGCGCUGGGACUGCAGCUACUCCUGCGACCCGCUCAACAUCAUUGACCUCAUCGUGGACAUCAUGUUCAUCGUGGACAUUGUCAUCAACUUCCGCACCACCUACGUCAACAUCAACGACGAGGUGGUGAGCCACCCCGGCAAGAUCGCCAUUCAUUACUUCAAGGGGUGGUUCCUCAUCGACAUGGUGGCUGCCAUCCCCUUCGACCUGCUCAUCUUCCGCUCUGGCUCUGAUGAGACCACCACCCUCAUUGGCCUCCUGAAGACUGCCCGGCUGCUGCGCCUGGUGCGCGUGGCGCGGAAGCUGGACCGGUACUCGGAGUACGGAGCAGCCGUGCUCUUCCUGCUCAUGUGCACCUUCGCCCUCAUCGCCCACUGGCUGGCCUGCAUCUGGUAUGCCAUUGGCAACGUGGAGCGGCCCUACAUGGAGCACAAGAUUGGCUGGCUGGACAACCUGGGUGACCAGAUUGGCAAGCGCUACAACGACAGCGACCUCUCCUCUGGCCCGUCCAUCAAGGAUAAAUAUGUCACUGCCCUCUACUUCACCUUCAGCAGCCUCACCAGCGUGGGCUUUGGCAAUGUCUCGCCCAACACCAACUCCGAGAAGAUCUUCUCCAUCUGUGUCAUGCUCAUUGGCUCUCUGAUGUACGCCAGUAUCUUCGGCAACGUCUCAGCCAUCAUCCAGCGCCUCUACUCAGGCACAGCUCGCUACCACACGCAGAUGCUGCGGGUCAAGGAGUUCAUUCGCUUCCACCAGAUCCCCAACCCCCUGCGCCAGCGCCUGGAGGAGUAUUUCCAGCAUGCCUGGUCCUACACCAACGGCAUCGACAUGAACGCGGUGCUGAAGGGCUUCCCUGACUGCCUGCAGGCUGACAUCUGCCUGCACCUGAACCGCACGCUGCUGCAGAACUGCAAAGCGUUCCGGGGAGCCAGCAAGGGCUGCCUGCGUGCCCUGGCCAUGAAGUUCAAGACCACCCAUGCCCCACCUGGAGACACCCUGGUGCACUACGGAGAUGUCCUCACCACGCUCUACUUCAUCUCCCGGGGCUCCAUUGAGAUCCUCAGGGAAGACAUUGUGGUGGCCAUCCUAGGGAAGAACGACAUCUUUGGGGAGCCCAUCAGCCUCUACGCCCGCCCAGGGAAGUCCAACGCUGAUGUGAGGGCCCUGACCUACUGUGACUUGCACAAGAUCCAGCGUGAGGACCUGCUGGAGGUCUUGGACAUGUACCCAGCCUUCUCUGACAACUUCUGGAGCAACCUAGAGAUCACUUUCAACCUACGAGAUGCAGACAGCGUUCCCCGCUCACCCCUCAGCGAGGAGUAUGACUGCACCUACCGCCGGGCUCGCCGCCGCAAGCACUCCCCCUGCCAGCCCAGCAAGCCUGACCCAGACACGGGAAUCUCUGAUGCAGAGCAGUAUCACACCUACUCCGAGCUCACCAACCCGCAGGAGCCGCUGAGUAAGGACCAGUGGGACGACCUGGGCAGCAGCACCUCUCCCUGCUCUCAGGCCAGUGAUGAUGAGGCCAAGACUGGCAGCCCUGUGAAAGCUGAGCCCUUCCCCACACCCAAAAAGGAUGACUUGGCUCUGCCCUCGCUCAGCCUCAUCACCACCAGCGCUGGCAACACGGAGGUUGGCAAGCAGGCAGCAGAGAGCAGCCAGUCCUACACAGCCACUCCCCUGGAUAUUCCCAACAUGUUCACCUUCUGGGAGGACCGGCAGGCAGCGCACCCUGCAGAGCCCCUGCAGCACAUCUCGCUGGUGCACAGCUCGCAGGACGUGCCCCUGCACAGCGACUGCAGGCCAGGGCACAUCGAGUCCAGGCUGGAGCUCCUGCAGGCCCAGCUCAGCAGGCUGGAGUCCAGGAUGUCGUCAGACAUUCAUGUAAUCCUGCAGCUCCUGCAGCGCCAGCUGUCCCAAGUGCCACCGGCGUACAGCCCCAUCUCGCCCAGCUCCCAGAGCCUGGCCAUGUACGGCAUCGUCCCGCGGAGCCUGGAGCCGCUCGCCCCCUGUGCACCUCUGCAGGACCAGGAGCUGCCCACCCAGGAGCAGAGCCCGAGCUACACGGAGGUAGAAAAGUUCCACUUGAAAUCCAGGGACUCCUUGUCAAGUGGGAUGCAGCUGUCUGUGUCAUCUGACAAAACUCUGACCGUCUACUCCGAGCAGGAGCACCACUCCCCACCUCUCCCGAGCCCAGAGCCUCCCCACCAAAGGGCACCAAACACCCAGGGACUCUCGCGGGGCUCUCGUUUCCCUUCCCUCCCUGAGCACUUGGAGGCAUCUUCCGAGCACCAGGACAUUCAGAGACACCUCUCCGACCCCGUGCUUCCUGCAAGUUAGAGACGUGGGGGCGAGUCAAGAGGAACCUCAACUGCAAGCCCGGCCAGUUGAUGUUGAUUUUGACUGCAAGGGUAAGACAUUGGACGAUGCCAUUGGCUCAGGGUAUAAUUUGUAGCUAUCUUCUGCCACCGUGACAGGAAGUAUAGAGUGGCUGGCUUCCAAGGUCAACGUUUUCCAGCGGUUCCCAUAGAGUAGAUUUCAUUUGCACAUUAGAGUGAACCUAGAACAGUUCUUACAGCCACCACCGAGCUGGUUAGGCCACCUCCUAGGCCACCACCUCCUCCUUGCCAAGGCUUCUUCUCGAGAAGGGCACAAGCCAAGCGAGCCACAGCAACCACGGGGGAGCAAAUCCAGGGCUCUGUGAGGCUGCUGUUCUGGAAACUUCUGGAGCAGGGACCACUGUGUUGGUACAAGGCUCGGCCCAGCAGAGCCCGCAGGUAUUUCAGAAGGGUGGUCACCAGAGGAGGAGUGUGAGAUCUCCACAGUUCAGGGGAAAGUGCAGGUGACAAGCCAAGGACAAGGACAGAAGCUUGUCCUACUUGAUUGCCACUGAGAAGUGAAGGGCCAACAGCCCCUGCCACCUCAGCCUGCUUCAGCACGAGUCCCAGAGCACUGACUUCUCCAGCAAGGCCGAUCACACCUUGCAAACCCCAACACGCAUCCCCACGGCUCCCCAGGUAAAGCCAACUCGUCACCGGCCUGGGCAUAAAGCACAAAAUUCAAAAGCACAAUCCCAGAAAGCUGAAAAGCCCCAGAGUGUCCAGUGCC